AUGGCCGACUGUGACGGCGGGCACAAAGCCGGCGUGAGGGGGGCCUGCGAGUGCGUUGGGGGGGGCCUCGCGGUGACGGCGGCCGAGCGGUUCGUGCGGCUGCACAAGGCGACGGUGGCGACGGCGGCGGUGGUGGCGGGGGGGGCGACUCCGCACGGCCCCCCACACCGACAACUCGUCAAGGUGGAGGAGGGGACACGGGGCGCCUCAUCCUCAUCCUCCUGCUACGCGGACGUCUACACCUGGGAAGGCCGCCUCAGGACCCCGGGGCUGCCCUCGGCGCUGCCUGAAUACGAGGAGCCCCCCCAGCAGGCCCCCGCCUCCUCUUCCUCCUGUCGCCUGGAGCAGCCGCCGUCUCUCCUCCCGUCCUCCCCGCACGUCCGCUCGCUCUGCUCGACGCCCGAAAUCCGGCACCGAGCGGGACGCCUAUGUGGGGGCGCGUCCGGGGUCCUUGAGACGCCCGGUCACGUGGCGUCCCAGGCCAGGGAGCCGUCCGCCGAGCCACCCCAGGGCACCUUCGUGGUGUCCCUGGAGGAAAUCCACGAGGCGCGGCGACGCAUGCACCUCCGUCGCCUCCUCUGCUCCUCCUACGAGCCGGCCGCUGCGUGUGAACUCCGCAAUGGGCUCGUGGCCACGGGAAUCUUGCGCGAGCCGGGAUUGGAGGAGUACGAGGGGGAGAAGGAGGAGGGCGACGAGGUGGAGGAAGAGGACAGCAGCAGCGGAUGGGCGAUGAGGACGAAGUGGACUGUGUGUUUUUUGAAAACGGCCACGCGGUUUGCGGUGCUGGCACCGUGGCUGCACCGCGCAGGCCGCGGCCUUUGCCGGGACAGCGGCAUCGGAAGCUGCGGACCGGACUUUGGGAGCGGCGGAGCGGAGGGUGCGGCGAUCUGUUCCGGAAAUCCGGCACUGGAAAUCGGCGGUGAUGACAACGGCGGCGCCCGCUUAGCAGGAAGAAGAAGAGGAGGAGGAGGAGGUGGCGACGAGAAUGGGUCGGAGUUGGAGGUGGAAGAAGAGGUGGCGUGGAUCUUGAGCCGACCGAUCGGCGCCGGUGACGGCGGCAUUGGCCGGGAGAGCGCGUUCAAGAGGAGCGGCGGCGGCGGCGGCUGCUACUUUGAGGGCGGCGCCGGUGCGGGCGCCGGGUGCCGCGCUUGCGCCGGGCACGCGGCUCCGCUCUACGGCUCGCCCGGAAAGGUCCACCUCAACGGGUGCGCCAGCGGCGGCGGCGGCUCCGUCGUAGAGGCGGACCUGGCGGUGCUCCGUGGCGACGCCGGCUCGCCGGGCCGCGCCGCCGUGGAGCGGAGGGAACGCAAGGGCCUCCUUUGCCGUCUGCAGCGUAAAACCAGGACGAGCAGCUUCAACGGAUUCGAUCUUCCGAGCAGGCAGGGAGCCUUGGGCCUAGACGAGAAGCCUUCCCUGCCGGUCAAGCACGAGGAGGACGCGGAUCCGUGCGGGGAGUCGCCCUAUCGGCGAGCUUCGGCGCCGGACAGCUUCCUGGGCAAGAAGGUCAAGUCGGUGCGGGACACGGUGAAGAAGACCAUGACCAAGCUGGCAAAGGCGAACUGUGAAGAGCGUGAAUCCGACUUCGACGUUGCCCUCCGCUGCACGCGUCUCUCUCUGGAAGAGGAGCAGCUGGUGGAGGAGAAGCAGCCGGGCAACAGCCAAAACAACGGCCACCACCACCACCAGCAGCAGCAGCAGCAGUGGCAGCUGGCCGAGUUGGGGGGGGAGGCGCAUGAGGAAGCGGGAGAGCGUCAAGAGAACUUUGCUUCCUGCCUGAACGGCGCCCGCCUGCGCGAAUUCCACCGCUGCGCCGCCCGCGCCCCACCAAGCUCCUCCUGUCGCCGGGCGCCGGAGGUCGGCGUCGCCGGGGGAUCGUGCGGGACCGGCGAGCGUCUCGCCGCCACCGGCGUCUCCCGCUCGCCGGGGGGCAUCGCCGCCGUGCCGGCCGUGGCGCCAUUGUCGCCGCGAGACCAGCGGAAAGCCGGCGCGCACGCCACGGAGGUGCGCGCCAUCGUCCACCGGGAGAACCACGCCACCGAGCCGCCGCCCGCUCCGGGCUUGGCGGCGGACACCGGCGCCGGUGCGGAGUUGGCGUCGGGGCCUGCGGCUGACGGCGACCGAUCGGCGGUGGCGGCGGCGGCCGUCGGAGACGCGGAAAGCAAAGGUUCCUCACGUCGCAAAAAAACGAAACCCAAGACGGUGUUUGAACUGCUGGAGAGGAUUCACCUGCAGGACUACGCGGGGCUGCUGACGCGUAGCGGCUACGAGGACUUGGAGACGCUGGGCCUGCUGGACGCCGAGGACCUGGACGAGAUGGGAGUCCUCGACCACGAACACCGCGCCAAGCUGCUCACCGCCGCCGCCCUCCUGCGAGCCGACGACCGCGAGAACCACGGCCGGCAGAGGAACGCGUCGUUCGACCAAGACGCCGCCCACCACGGCACGUCGGCCUUCUGCGGCGACGCGGCAGGAUUGGCGGCGGCGGUCCGGCACCGCUCGCCGGGCCGCUCCGCCGAAGACCCGCGGCGCCGUGCGGCCGUCCGGUGCUUCUCGGCCGGCUCGCGCCGAGCGCCGGCCCCGGCCGCCGCGUGGGGCUGCGUCGGCGUGGAGACCCGGGGCCCGGCGAGGCGGUCCUGGUCGCUGGACGACGUGCGGAAGAUCGAGCACCUCCUGGAGUUCGGCAGGUGGCAGCGGAGGCUCGCGCACCGCGGCGACUCGGGGCGCUGGUGGAGUCCCGGCCACCACCACCACCGCCACCACCGCCACCACCGCCACCGCCGUCGUCGUGACGAGCAGCAGGACCUCGGGGCGUGCGGGGAGGACGUCGCUGCUCGCCAGACCACGGCGGCCGCGGCCGCUAUUGAGCCGGCCGAUGCGGUGAUGUCGGCCGCGGAGGCGCCCGGAGCAGCCUCCUCGGACGGGCCGGGAGCAAAGGCGGUGGAGGCGGUGGGGGCGGUGGGGGUGGUCGAUCCAGCCGGUGGUGACCCCAACGGGGAGGCCGUCGCGGAGCCGCCGGCGGCAGGCGCCGCAGUCUCGUGAUGCCGACGACGCCGCGGCCGACGAGGAGGAGAAGGCCGCCGGGCACUGCCGGUCAAUGACGAUGGCGGAGGUGGUGGAGGUGGUGGAGGUGGUGGACCUCGCCGAGUGUGCCGACCGG